GUUUUCAGUCUCCUCACCUGGCUCAGUCGUCUAGCCCUACAACGCUACAGUCGUGACUUCUUGCGCGAAUUCUUAGCGGUAUCUCUUCUCGCCCCAAUCCAGCUGCCUGUCGACGAUGAAGACGCGGGAGAUAAGAAGGCGUUUGAGGCAGAGGAGGAUCUGCCGGAUCAUUUGGUGAACAAAUUCCUCAGAGAGGUGGUUCGCUGUGACGGCAACUUUAUUAUACGGAUGCUGCGCGUGAAUGCCGGUGAUGUGGUGACGGGCGAGAUUCUGGCUCGUUGGUGGAAACUGUUUAGGCAGUCUGAGGAGCGGGAGCACCAGGAAAUCUAUCCCAGGAUGCCGGAUUACAUGGCUGGCUUCAAGGUCGCUCCUGACGCGCCACCAAUGCCGGACGCGAAUGGUGGGCUGAUGCCAACAUUGGAGGUGAAGCAGAGGAAUGGUGCUCCAGCAAUGAGCUUCGUAUAG